AGCACUAUAUAUAAAUAAUAAAUUCAGGUUUGUUUCGCGAAUAUAUGACAGCUGAUUUGUUCGCCAAUUUCGAAUUAUAAAAAUCCAUUGUAAAACGUAUUUAUAGUCUAUUUUGAAAUUAAGAGUAUGAGAAAUAAAUAUCAAAGGUUUUUAAUGAUAGUUUUUAUCGAACAAAGUGCAACACUGAGUUUCUACCGCUGUUUUUGAAUCAAAGUCCUGAAAGGUUUACAUUUUGUUGAAAUUUUACAAUAUCUACGCAAACGUGACAAAUUUAGUUCGCAGCAUAGGAGAAAUUCAUUUGUAAGAGCAAAUAAUGCAGAACUCACAGGGAGAAUCCCAAGGCGAUCACAAUUACGUAGCUCGUCGUACUCGGUCAACUUCCAGUGAUGACUCCAGUAUCGAAUUCAACGUCAGUAGGCGAAGAACACGCCUGAGGCGAGGCCAAAUAAGUAAUACCGACCAUGAUUACAUCGCGUUAAGAGCGCUAAGCGAGGAGGAUGGUGAUGGUGCUGAAACUGAAGCUAACGCCGAGCAUUUAGAGGCACAGGCAAACAGCACUGAAGAAGACAACAAUGCUGAUGCAGAUGCAGCUGAAAUUGAACCUAUUAAUCAACUGGCGGACGAAGCACAAGAAAUGCUUAGAGCAGCUUCGCCUCAAGAACGAAGAUCAAGUGACGAAGGAUCUGAAAUUGCGAUUGCGCCCGAACCCACUCCACCGGACCCUCUGCCAGGACCUAGUAUCAGCACAAAUGCUGUUGUUGUUGACGAAUCAAACAACGAGGACCCAACGGUAAAUUUGGUUUCGCCUUCACCACCAAAGAAGAGAAAGCGACUCAGUGUGGGCACUCCCAAAUCGAACACGCCGCGGGUGAAAUCAAGCGAUGGCAGUGGUCUGGAGGGUGAUGAAGAGGACGAAGGCAUGACAUGCCCUAUUUGUCUCGACAACUGGGAGAUGUCAGGUGAUCAUCGGUUAGUAUCCCUGCGCUGUGGACAUCUCUUUGGAGAUUCGUGUAUUCGCCGCUGGUUGGCAGAGAGUGCGCGUCAGUCUGGCGUUAAGGCUUGUCCACAAUGCAAAUCAAAGGCCACAAACCGCGAUAUACGUUGCUUAUACGCUAAACGUCUGAGGGCAAUCGAUCGUAGCGAAGAACAUCGCUUGCGCGAACAAUUAGACACGGAGCGUAGCCGAACACAGACAUUACAAACAGAAGUGGCCGCUUUGAAAAUGACACAUAAAAUGGUAGCUAUGCAAAUGCAAACGCUCCAGGCAGAGAAUGAUCGCAUGAAACAAAUGCUGCGUGCUGGUGGAGGCAAUAGCUUCAGCUAUGAAGCCAACAUUGCCGAUAACAAGCAACUACUAAGGCUCCAAAUACAACGGAUAUACCUCGAGCGUACAAUUGAGUUGACACGCGAACCUGGUUGUCGAGUGUUAAUACAUGCUGAACAGCAUUCUUCUAUUUUGGCAUCGCAGAAAAGUGCACAAGGCCUAUUUCCGGGCUAUGGCGUGCGCUUCAUCGAUAUGCCCACAUUCCGUACCUCAACAUUCUUGCAUGCGUCGUCGAAGUUAUUGCGCGACAUUUCCUUAAGUUCCGAUCAACAGCUCCUCGCUGUUGCAAGCAUGGAAACACGUUCCAAAUUGUUCGAUUUGCGCUCCCGUCAAGUGGUCUCCACAUUCGAACCGGGCGAGAAAAUGCUCUGGGCGUGUGCUAUGGAUCGCAAAGAGCGAGAGAAUAUACUGUAUUUGGGUUCCUCCAGUGGCAGCACAUACACCUACGACAUGCGUUUCCCAGACAACAUUCUGGAGGAAUACAAAACAGAGGGCGAUUUUAGUACUGUGAUUAAUGUGGCCGGUGUGUCCCCAUGCAAUAGUUUUCCACAUGGUGGCUUUCUCGUCUGCAAGUUGCAAUCGCUUUGGUUCUACGAAUACACCAGCAACAGCAAUUCAACAAUUGCCACACGCCUUCCUUUGGACGGGCCCUUCUGUUCCAUGCAUUACGAUGCUGCUCAUGAAACGCUGCUGGUUUCGGCGCGCUGUAGUGUGCGCCAUCCGCAAUCACGUUAUAUUGUCGGUCGCAUGGAAAAGGUCGACGAAACGCCAAUACUCAAUCUGAAAGUAACAUUCUACGGUUCCAAAGCUACGCCAGUGAUGACACGUUGUGCGCAAGUUGCGGUUGAGGCGAAUACGCUGGUAGCUGGCUACAUACAGGAUGCCAAACAGUUAGCAUUGUUCGACGUGCGUCGCGAACAGCGCGUCCAAACAAUGCCAGCACAAGAAGUCAUCUAUGACAUAUGUCCCGUGUAUACGAGCAAUGCAACCUACCUGGCUGGUCUCUCCGAAACCAAAUGUCGCAUGUACAAGCUGACCUCCUCGAACACCUAGUGUAUUCGCAUUCCAAUUAUGGUACAUUUUAGUUUUUUUUAUCGGGUUGAUGUGUGUUGAAUUGUUUUUGCCAUUGAAUAUAUAAAUAAGUAUGUUGCUUGAUACCUAAAUAUCCAUUAUAUUUAAAUAGCUCAUUUCCUUAUUGUUAUUAGUUUAAGCUUAGUCGAUUUUUAUUGCGCUUUUUAUAAGAAUUAUCAACAAUCAUUAUUUCUACACCAGCGCUCAUUCGACGUUAGUAGUUUGUGCGGCAACCAAAUGAUAUUUUGUGAUCAUUAUGUCUAUAUAUAUACAAAUGUAAGUUUAAACACAAAGAGACUUUAUUGAAAUCUUAAUAAAUAUGGUAAUAAAAAUUUGCUCAGACUGAAUGUGAACAUAAAAAGA